CACCGGGCCCCGCGCGCAUCGCAUCCCUCGCGGCUUCCUGGGACCCGGGACCCAGACCCGCUCGCUCCGCUUGCGCUCUCCGCCGCCUUUCCCCGCGCUCGCGAAAGCCAUGGGUGACGACGACUCCCGCCUCUCCGCACCCAGCAACUUGGAGUCACCACUGAUGCAGGAAGGUUUGGAGCCUCAGCAGAGCGGUGGCAGCCCUGGGACCGCCAUCACAGCCUGCAAGAAGGUUCUGCGCAGCGCCAGCCUGCUGGAGUCCACCGACUACUGGCUGCAAAAUCAGAGAACCCCAUGCCAGAUUGGAUUUGUGGAAGAGAAGUCUGAGGACUGUGCGUCUGUCUGCUUCGUAAACUUGGAUGUAAAGAAAGAUGCAUGCAACACAGAGCACCUCCAGGAGAAAUUGGUCAAUGUUUCUCCAGAUCUUCCAAAACUUAUCAGCUCUAUGAAUGUCCAACAGCCAAAGGAAAAUGAAAUUGUCCUCUUAAGUGGGUUAGCAUCUGGAAAUCUCCAGGCAGAUUUUCAAGUUUCACAGUGCCCUUGGCUGCCAGAUAUCUGCUUGGUCCAGUGUGCCAGAGGAAGCAGAGCCAACAGUACCAACUGUAUCAUCUUUGAAAUCAACAAAUUCUUGAUUGGUCUGGAACUAGUGCAGGAACGGCAGCUCCACGUGGAGACCAACAUCCCAAAGCUGGAGGAGGACACAAACUGCUCCCUGUCCUCCAUUGAAGAAGACUUUCUCACUGCCUCCGAGCACCUGGAGGAGGAAAACGAGGUGGAAGAAAGUAGGAUCGGUUAUGAAAACAUAAAGGUAUCAACCAAUGUUUUGGAAGUCAGAAAGCCAUGGGAAGCCUCCUCACGGGAAUGGGGUCACAGCGAGGAAAAAUGUCUUUAUGACCUGGAAGACAAAUACUUUAGCAAACACAAUAUGACGUUGAUUAAAUCAGAACGAUCUCUGGAAAGCAUAGCAGAGAACAAAGUCUUGCAGAACCUAGAACCUCCUGGCACACCAUCACAGCGGAAAGAUGUGCCAAUGGGGAAUGGGCAGCCAGCCACAAACUAUUAUUAUCCAGAACAAUGUAACGAUCGAAGAGAAAAAUCUCAAGCACUGUCUAGUCCAACGGAUGCUUAUUUCUCCAUGAUGGGUAAGAAAGAUGUACCUUCUCCUUGUGGCUCUGCCACUGAGAAGAGCACUAACUUAGCUCCAGGGGGCCAUGAACAUCGAAGAAAAUCACUUCCUUCUCUUCAAGAUGGAGAAGCCACAACCGGCGAGUAUGCGACAAAUUUAGCUGAAUCUGUCCUGCAAGAUGCAUUUAUUAGACUGUCUCAGUCACAGCCUGUACCACCCCAGGAACCCUCGGUCCAUAGUCCUGGAGGAAGUCCUGCACUUUCCAGUGGCUAUCCUAUGAAAGAUAGAGCGGCCCCUCGCUCAUGGAAUGAGCUUCCCACAAUUGUCAUUGUGCAGAGCCCAGACGGAGGUGAGGCUGCUUCAGAGCCGGGUAGCACCUCCUGGCUGGAGAUGGAAGACUCUGUAGACAGCGCAGGCCUCCCAUCUGGAGACAAGGCCAGCAGACACCCUCAGAGUGCUCUAGAAGUCGCAUUAGCAUGUGCAGCCACUGUGAUUGGAACCAUCUCCAGUCCACAGGCCACAGAAAGACUCACGAUGGAGCAAGACUCCUUGGGGUCAGUCUGUUCACUGAAAGGCAGAGAGGCACUGCAAGCUCACUCAUCUCCAGGACUCCAGGAACCUUCUAGCUGUGAAUACUCCUUCCCAUCUGCUCUCUGUGGCAUGACGCAGGUGGCCAGUGCCAUUGCUGUCUGUGGCCUGGGUGAAAGAGAAGAGGUGGCAUGCCCCGUGAGCCCCAGGGGCCUCUUGCCUACAGCUGCAGCUUCUGAAGCAACGGGGCAGAGUAUGGAGCUGGGAAAGGAAGCCAUUGCCGAGGGUCUUCUCAGGGAGGCUGCUCUGGUGUUAGCAAGGCCGGAUGCCUAUGGCAGCAUUGCAGACGUCAUGGAAUCCAUGAACAGGAGAAUCCGAACAACUGCUUCCAAACCUCAGACUCUGUGCUCAGAAAACCUCCUCCGAAACGAACUGGCACAGACCCUGUCCAAUAUUAUCCUGAAGUAUUCCUUCGAUGAAGCUCACCAGAAAAAUAAAAUGAGCCACCUCAGCGACGGCAGCCAUCCCUCUGAAACUCUGGAUGCAUUAAUGGAAAGUACAACUCAGCUGCUGCACCAUGUAAUGUGCUUCACGGUCCAGAAGAUGAGCCAUCUUGUACAACAUGGUCCAUGUCCCACUUUCCUCUCCAAGGAAAACAUCAGAUGUAGGGAGACAGACCCCCCAGGCUGCCAGACGCUUGAGGAAGGCACUGGUCAAGGCUGGACAAAAGCCACAGAAGGCAGCAGCGGCUACCCACUUAGCAAUCCACUCAGCACGAAUCUCCUCUCCCACGAUCCUGCGGAUGACAUGAAUUCAAAGCAGGACAAGAGUGGAGCAAGGCCAGGGCUGUACCCGAGCCCCACGCAGCACUCGGGAUUGUUGUGCAGCCACAGAGUCCUGGAUGCUUCUGGUUCCACUGCUAAAGCAUCCCCCAAGGAAAUGGAUCCGAAAAGGCUGGUGGGAGGGGAUGUUCAGAGCCUUUGUCGGAGACCCAGCCUCAGUGAAAAUGAAUGCAGAGCCCCUUCUGAAGCAGAAUGUACCCCCGCGGAGGGCAGGAGGAGAGGCAGCUCACAGGAGACCGAAGGCAGCCUGGACCCCAACGCCAUCCCUCCAGGCCACGAGGUUCAGGCUAACUUGUCCAUGUUAGGAGGUGACCUGGUGUUCCCGGGUUCCCCGGCUCCGUCCACACCCCCGGCCAAGCAUGGCGACAUCUACUGCCUUGCAGACUUUGCGGAGGAAUUAGCGGAGACCGUGGUCUCCAUGGCCACGGAGAUCGCAGCCAUCUGCCUCGACAACUCCAGCGGGAAGCAGCCCUGGUUCUGUGCCUGGAAAAGGGGGAACGAGUUUCUGGUGACGCCCAAUGUCCCCUGCCGAUCCUUGAAGAGGAAGAAGGACAGCCCUGGCGGCGGGAACGCGGGGGUGAGGAAGCACAAGCCACCUCGGCUGAGCGAGAUCAAGAGGAAGACGGACGAGCAUCCCGAGCUGAAAGAGAAGCUGAUGAACAGGGUCAUGGACGAGUCCCUGAACCUCGACGACGUGCCGGACUCGGUGAGCAGCUUUGCCAACGAAGUGGCGGCCAAGAUCAUGAACCUCACCGAGUUCUCCGUGGUGGAUGGCGUGUGGCAAGGCCAGAGCUGCUCCAGGAGCCGGCUGCUGGGCGGUGACAGGUGGAACCGGCUGAAGGCCUCCAGCUGCGAGAGCAUCCCCGAAGAAGACUCGGAGGCCAGGGCCUACGUGAACAGCCUGGGGUUCACCAACACCUUAAGCCAGCCCGUGAGCCGAGCCAGCUCCGUCUCCAAACAGUCCAGCUGCGAGAGCAUCACCGACGAGUUCUCCAGGUUCAUGGUGAGCCAGAUGGAGCACGAAGGGCGAGGGUUUGAGUUGCUGCUGGAUUACUACGCGGGCAAGAACGCCAGCAGCAUCCUGAGCGCGGCCCUGCACCAGGCCUGCAGGAGAAACGACCACCUGAGCGUGAGGCCCAGCUGCCCCUCCAAGCAGUCCAGCACCGAGAGCAUCACCGAGGAGUUCUACCGGUACAUGCUCCGGGACAUCGAGAGAGAAGGCCGGGACGCGCCCUCCUCCCGACGGGGCAGCCAGGACUGGAGCUCGGGUUUGCUGUCCCCCUCCGUCCGAUCCCCUCUCUGCUACAGGCAGUCGUCCGUGCCCGAUAGCCGCUCCCCGGGCACCAGGUUGACGGUGAACGCGCCCAUCAAAGCCAACUCCUUAGAUGGCUUUAGCGCCCAGAACAGCUCGCCCGACAUGCUGAGCCUCCAGCCCGUGGGCAGCGCGCCCUCAUCGGGUCUCUGCAAAUCGGACUCGUGCUUGUAUCGCCGAGGGGGCAGCGACCAGAUCACCAACAUGCUCAUCCACGAGACGUGGGCCAGCUCCAUCGAGGCGCUCAUGCGGAAGAACAAAAUCAUCGUGGAUCCUCCCGUGGCCGCUGAGGCCGGGGGUCCCCUUUCUGGCGGCGGCGGCGGUGCGCUCUUGCGAGUGGAGAAGGGGGCUCGCAGAUCAGACCCAAGCCGAGGGUGCAGCGGGCCGGCCCUACACGGUCAGGACUCUGUGGAUCACCCGAGCAAGGACCCUGUGGCUGAAAGCCCACAUACCCCAGGGUCCUGUCCCAGCAGAAUGGCUCCUCUUCCCAAGAGGGAGGGUUUCCAGCCCCCAAGAGAAAGGCCCUCGUGCCACAAUGGCAGCCCUCGUAAGCACAGCCAGCAGACACUCUGCUCCAGGGACGUGCCUUUGAUUCAGAUCCAAACAGACCAGAGAGAAGAGUCUGCCGGGGAACCUUUCCUAUCCAAAUGUGCACCACUGGAGGAAAGCAAAGGGCUUCUGGAAGAAGAAAAGGCCCCAGAUGUGAACAGAGGCGAAGACACAACCACAGACACCUGCCGAGCUCAUAGUGACAGCCUUGAAGACAGAGCUGUACAGGAAGCUGAAGUCUCAACAGAAGCAAGGGGCCCGGAUGAGUUCCCCAGCCCUCCCAGCAGCAGUGAGGAGAGCACAGGCAGCUGGUCUCAGCUAGCCAAUGAGGAGGAGAACCAAGAAGACACCAGUAGCUUUCUGCAGCUCAGCGAGAGAUCCAUGAGCAAUGGCAACAGUAGUGCCACUAGCAGUCUUGGCAUUAUGGACCUGGACAUUUAUCAGGAAAGCAUGCCAGCUUCUCCCAUGAUUAAUGAAUUAGUAGAAGAAAAGGAGAUUCAUAAAGGCCAGUCAGAAAGCAUAAAGGAACACGCCUCUGGACUGCCAGGGAGAACAGCCAGCCACCAGAGGAACCUGCUGGUGAUCAACUUUGACCUGGAGCCAGAGUGCCCUGAUGCUGAGCUUCGAGCCACUCUGCAGUGGAUAGCUGCCUCCGAACUGGGGAUCCCCACAAUCUACUUUAAGAAAUCUCAGGAGAGCAGAAUUGAAAAGUUUCUAGAUGUCGUCAGACUGGUUCACCAGAAGUCCUGGAAAGUGGGAGACAUCUUUCACGCAGUGGUCCAGUACUGCAAAAUGCAUGAGGAGCAGAAGGAAGGAAUCCCAAGUCUGUUUGAUUGGCUCCUAGAACUGGGAUAAGCCAGCACUGCCUGUGUACCGUUUCCUUCCUUUAUCCCAGCUUAGAUCACAGUGGUUUGCUCUAAAUGCUCUGAAUUUUCUCAAAACAUCGCAUCACAUUAGCCAUACUGUAAGAAAAAUCUAUAUUCCAAUUCCAUGCACACUGAGCAAUUCUGAAGGAAAUUAAAAUAUAGAUCUGUGCACAUCAAUAAAACCCAUGAGUAUGUCCAAAAGAGCUUGUGUAGGAAUGGCUACAAAGAAAGGAAUGCAUUCUGUGGAGGCCCAAAGUAGACAUCUUUUAACUCCAGACAGACUAGACUCGCAUAUGUAUCAAAGGACAUGUCAUGUUUCCAAUUAUGUGAAUUGACUGAAAACUCACUCAUUGGUCAAAUUAACUUUAUAAACUGUGUGGUAAUCUUCAUUGUACCUUGCUAAGCAGAUGAAAGGGCUUUCAGCCCAGGGAAAACUUUAAGAUAUUGGUGAAAAACUUCUCAAACUUCAUGUAAAAGUUUCCACCUUGAGGUCCACAUCAGUGAAUAUUUACAGGCUUGCAACUAAAUAUGAGUUUCCUUUAUUGAGGUGUUUCAUGUACUCGCUGAAAUCCAUUCAUAAAUCUCCCUCUUCUUCCCAAACCAUCUCUGGGCUCCUUGCUUACCAGAGAAUGAAUGGCAUAAGACCACAAGAAAGGAAGGUGGAAAGUCCUUGUUUCUAUGACAACAUGACUUGGGUGAAAUUAUUACAGAAUCUUUACCCUAAGGAAAAGCUUUCUUAACUGGGAAAAAA